AAUUCAAACAACGAAACUUACAGUAUCCACAGUGCCAGUAAGUCAUUAAGAUGUGUUUCACCGAAACAUUCGCGAGAAUCUUCAUGUUCGCGGCGAAUUUCGCCUUUUUACUAGUCGGCAUAAUUUUACUUGCCCUGGGAAUAUUCGUCAAACUAGACCUCACCAAGAUCGUCGAGUCCAUACCAGAACAGUACCAAGGACUUCAAUACGUACCCAUCUUAGCAAUCAUCGUGGGCGUCAUAAUCUUCGUGAUUUCGUUCCUGGGAUGCUGUGGUACCUUAAAAAGCAAUACCUGCAUGUUGCAAAGUUACGCAGGUAUUUUGAUCCUGAUCUUCGUGGUUCAAGUGGCCAUAGGGAGUUACGGUCUGGUAAAAAUUAAAAAUACCGACGACUUGAGGAACCAAGUGGAUAAGAGUAUUAAUAAGCUCUUCGAUCAUUACAGUGGAAACAGCGGGCCAGUGAAUUUCAUUCAGAGUAAACUGAAGUGUUGCGGCACGUUUUCUCCUGCUUACUGGACCAGUAAAGGUCAAUCGAUUCCAGCCAGUUGCUAUGAAGAUUCUGUGCUGUUUUCUAAAGGAUGCUGUGAAUCAGUGUUUAAUUUACUUAAAGGUUCUGUUAAAUCCAUAGCGAUUACUGCCAUAGUGAUUUCUGUCACUGAGGUCUUGGGUGCCAUAUUGGCUGUAGCACUUGCGAAUUGUAUUAAUUUGUCAGGGGGUCACAUUUAAUAGUAUUUAGGUGUAAGAACUUUAUAUGCUAGUUUAUAUUUUUCUAUUCAAAAUUUUGCUUAUUGUGUUACAGUUGCGCAUUGUUAAUGAUCAUUAUUAAUAAAUUUUAAAUAAACUGUUAA